AAGUGUCUGAGGAAAUGCUCCUCCGACGAAGACUGCAAAAGUAAAAAGAAAAAGUGUUUGUGCGACGGAGCCUGCGGAAUGUCCUGCAUAAAGCCAGAUAGAGAAUGUGCGGAUCCAGAGGAAAUCCAAUUCGGGUCAGUUUCGACGACGGGAAAACUGUUCGGGGCGAAGGCUAUGUACUCAUGUCAGCACGGUUAUCACGUAGUCGGACUGCAGAGCAGGACGUGCCAGGCGGACGGUCAAUGGGCGGGAAGUGCUCCAGCCUGCAAGCAGAACAUUUACUGCCUGUCGCCGCCCACCAUUGAUCACGCCAGACACAAAGCCCUUGCAGAACAAACCACCUUCGAUCUGGACACGCAGCUCCUCUACUACUGUCACACCGGCUACGUUACGAACGGAUUCAACAAGGCCAAAUGUUUGGCUUACGAUGGACAGGCCUCCUGGUACGGCCCGGACAUCUCUUGCGAACCAAGAUCGUGCGGUCCACCCACAGACAUCUCUCACGGUUGGCACGCUGGAGAGUGCUACACGUAUGGCUGCAGGAUCAACUACCACUGUCCGGAUGGAUUCGAACUUGUAGGUCGUAAUGAGAGGUUCUGUCAGGCGGAUGGCACUUGGUCACCUAAAGAACUUCCCACCUGCGUAUUGGUAACCGCGGUUCAGUGCACACCCCCAGAGAACCCCCGUCACGGUAAGGCAAUUUACACGUCAUGCAGCUACAACUCGGUGGUCAGUUACGAGUGCAAAUAUGGUUAUCAUUUGCUGGGUGAAACGACGCGUCGCUGUGGAGCGGACAAGAAGUGGUCGGGUGCUCAACCAGUAUGUAAAGAGAUAAACUGCGGCCAUCCAGGACGUCUGUGGAACGGAUGGCUGGAGAACAUUGAAGGGGGUACAGGCCUUGGCGCAUCCAUUAUAUUCAGGUGCCACGAGGGAAUGAAGCUGCUGGGCCACUCGUCCACCGUCUGCCAAAUCGACGGGAAGUGGAGGUAUCAAUUGCCGCAAUGUCUGGCCCCGUGCGUCGUUCCGCAAGUGUCGCAGGGAAAAGUGACCUUAGUUUCGAAGAAUGUAUCGAUGAACUCUACCGUCGUCCAGCACGGCGAAUCUCUGACUGUCGAAUGCGACGCGCAGUACGAGUUCUUCGGAAGUUACGCUCCGGUCACCUGCAACAACGGAACCUGGACGCAGAUCCCGAAAUGCCAGCCAGCCAGAUGCAAACAUCUACCGAAAUCUCCGAAAAACGGAAUGGUCAUCGCUCCCAAGAUGGAGCACGGCAUGAGGGCGCGCUUCAAGUGCAAGGACGGAUUCGUCCUUAAGGGGGGCGAAUUCGUCGAGUGCUCUUACGGAAAUUGGACCGGAGAAAAUCCGUCUUGCCAGGAAGUCUACUGUCCGUUUCCCGGUUUCGUGGAAAACGGGAAAAUCCUGUUGGUCGGAAACAUGGGCCUGUACGAUUACCGGCCGUACGUCAGGAAAGUUAUCAACAAUAAGCAGAUCAUGUACGACUGCGAUAAGGGUUACAUCCUUAACGAAGGACCACCGGGUGCGACGUGCAUCGGUGGCAAUUGGAGUCCGAAGCAAUUACCAAAGUGUGUAAUAGGGCAGCAUCCGAGAUUGCGGUGGAGUCGCCGCAGGAGAUCGAUAGUGACGGAAAAAAUUCGUAGGGCUUAUUUGCGUCACUCGAACCACACUAGCCAACCAGAAUAUAGACCGCCGACGUAUUUAGAAGAACUCUUCCAGGUCACACUUGGGGAGCUGAAAGAGAGAAACGAGAUUUACAAUCGGUUGAAGCGAGCUCUGAAGGGCACCUCCAGCACUCGAACGGUAAGUCUGAGCAGGAAAGGGAGCGGAUCCUCGUUGAACGCGCGUAGAAAUCACAAGAAGCAAGAUUGGGACGACGAUGACUAUCAGAAGAAGAAAAUGGAUAGCAAAAAGGGCGCUCCUUGCGAUCCAUUAAGCAGCGAGCCGUACGUGAACAUCGAGAUCAUCAAACACGGAAAGGAUCCGAACGUCUCUUUCAGCUCUGGGACGGUGGUGAAAAUGGCCUGCGGCAAAGGAUACGGACUGAACUUGUCCGAGAAUAAAACGGCUAGAUGCGUGAGGGGAAAGUGGAAACCGCAGCAGCCGGUCUGCUCAAUUCUGCCUUGCCACAUUCCGGAAAUACCGCACGGCCUCUUCCACUUGGCCAGGACCGAGAUUAUAGUCGGAUCCACUCCGAAAGUCAUCGCCGAGGAAUUGAACGAUACAGCUCCGAUUACCAACGGGGAUGUGGUCGAGUUUAGCUGCGAGAGAGGCUACAACGUGCAAGGCUCCAGCAAUCUGAGGUGCUGGCACGGCGAGUGGACGGCAACGGCGUUGCCCGAAUGCACAGCAGCCCCUUGCCAGCUGCCGGAAAUUGCGAACGGUCAAUACUUGAACGGAUACCGGGCGGGAUUAACGAUUUCGAAUGGAUCUGCGGUCACAUUCCAGUGCGAUAGCGAAUACAGCAAAUCCACUGCACAGCCCAUCGAGUGCGUUUUGGGCCAACUGUUUCCGCGUAGUCCUGCAUGUAGGGCAAACUCGUCGUUGCCAGGACCGGACUCUCCGCAUUACAUGGGCGGAACGGAUAUCAUCAAGGGUGGAGACAUCACCGAAUUGGAGUACGGAAGCACCAAAUCUUGUGGACCUCCUGCCAAGGUUCAAGGGUCGCUCAUUUACCGGAACGGCGAGCCCUUGGUGGAAGAUGAAAGGAACUUUCCGCACAAUACCGAAGUCACGUUCAAUUGCAUCGAGAGCAUAAUGGGCGAGAAGAACACUUGGCGAAUCGUCUGCGAGGAUGGCAGUUGGAUCGGAAGGUCUUUGAAUUGUGAUUCCGAUGAUUUAGGCACGCCGCACAUAAACAACAACAGUACAUGCCUGUUUCGUAACCAGGAACCGAAUGUAAUUUCAUUCUACAACGAUCAGCAGAUCCGGGAGGACAUCGUCGAGUUUCCAGCUGGAGCCGUUCUGGUCAGCCGUUGCGUUGACAUCGGAAAAUACUCGAUGAUAGGACCAAAUACAAGAAGAUGCAUGGGCGGCGAAUGGGACGGUCAGAAGCCGGCUUGCUUCGGAUUGAAUCAGGAAAACGAUUAUUCGAUGGAGAAGCCGCCUACGAUCCUUUUCAGGCAUCAGCUCGGUCCGAUCGCUCAGUCGAACGAUGGGAAGCUGAUAGUGUACCCGGGAACGAUUCUGCAUAUGGAGUGCUUGUGGAUUAGGCGAUUCGGCGUUCCCAAAUGGACGGUGAGCCACGAUUACAGAAAAUAUCCGGAGGGAUGGACGGAGGAUCCAGGAAGAGAUCCGCAACUGGAAUAUCGUCUAUCGAUUUAUCACGCCUCCAAGGAUGAUUCUGGUACUUUUACCUGUGUAACACCAGCCAGGCACACGCAUGCAGUGGAAAUUAUUGUCAAAGCAAUCCAUUGUCCGGUCGUACCUCAACGUCGAGGUCUUUCCGUCAACACCCAGAGUACGAAGAUGAACACGAAACUGAACUUUGGCUGCAUAAAUGGGAACGCGCUCAUCGGUGCGCAGGAGGUGGUUUGUCUACCGUCCGGUAACUGGAGCGCCCCGUUUCCGGUUUGCGAGAAGGUUCAGUGCGAUAGUCCGGGAGCGCCGGAGAAUGGUUAUAUGCAGGGUAAUGGACCGUUCAAAGCGGGAGACGUCGUCCAAUUCAACUGUAAUCCAGAUUUUAUGAUGGAAGGUCAACCGAUCAUCGCGUGUCAGGAUAACGGCCGUUGGUCCGGUCCAUUGCCAAAAUGCGUGCAAGCUUGUUCUUAUCCAGGAACCACAAUCAGCGGACGGAUGUCAGCUGUGAAAUUCUAUUACAAGAUUGGCGAGAACAUAACGUUUACCUGCGACGAGGGGCACGAUUUACGUGGCGCAGCGAUGCUGAAAUGCCUGAGGAAUGGGAAAUGGUCGAACGCGAUACCGAAUUGCAUCAUCGACGAAGCCACCACCACCACCGCAACCAUCAAGAAGCGGUAAACUAAUUGCUGCCCCAGUAAUAUAAUUAAUACAUCCACGAUAUAUACAUUAUACGGUGUGAUUGAAACACACGCAAAACUAUGUACGCUAUAUUAAUAUUUCACAACAAUUUGUAAAAAUUAUAAAACGUUCUCUCGAAGUUGAAUGCAAAGUUUAGAAAUUGUACAUGGAAAUGCAAACAGUAUUGUAUAGUUUUAUCGAUCAAAAUG